AUGAAAAAGGUUCUGAUCGUCCUGAUUUUCCUGAUAAUUUCCUCGAUUUCUACCAAAUUCACUGUCGACGUCUCAUUUGAAUGCCAUUUAUUCGCUAAAUUCCAAGUCGACGCCUACCUGAUGGAAAAAGACUCCGGCGACAGUUAAGGCCGUGUUUUUUUGUGUUAAAUUGGUGCUUUUCUUCAGAUUUUUGGCUCCGUUUCAUUGAUGACGACGACGAGUUGGAUUAUGCUUCGAAAAUGAAGAGACGGUAUAGUCGAUGUGCCACAAGUUGAAAUUUCAUGGAACGACACUCCGCUUGUUUCGAUUUGUGCGGUAGCGCGCAUCGUGCGAAUUUGCCAACCUCGGCCACGCUCAUUUUUUUUUGGUUUUAAUCUUCAUUUUAUAAGCCACUCACUUUCUGAAAAAAUCCAUUAACAAAUGCGACAAACAGAAAAAAAACGAUGAAAACAUUAAAACAUGGCUUUAACAAAACAACACUUUUUUAUCGCUCUUUGCGAGGAUGAUCAUGAAAUUUACUGUGUUCUUCCGUUUACAUUUGUACGACGCAAUCCUUUUCAACGAUUAUAAUACAUUUUAAAGAAAUAAAACAAUUAGAAAACGAUCAAAAAUUAGGUGGUAUGAAAAACACCAGCGAAAAUUCAAACGGCGACUUUUCCGAUUUUUUCAUAUCGCUAGGGAACUUUCCGACGGCCACCUUCCGACGAAUCUUUUUUUCCGACUUUUUUUCUCGAUAAAAUCUUAGUUUUGAAUCUUUCUAUAUAAAGUAGGUAGUUGGUUCAUGAUUAAAACACAAAGACAUAGGAAAAAAAAAAGUAAAUAGAUGUCUUAUGAACCGAAAAAUAUAAAGGAAAAAAGUCGGAAAAAAUUUCGUCGGAAAGGUGGCCGUCGGAAAGUUCCCUAGCGAUAUGAAAAAAUCGGAAAAGUCGCCGUUUGAAUUUUCGCUGGUGUUCUUUUCAUACCACCCAAAAUUAGAAUUGAAACCAAAAAAAUUAGCGUGGCCCAGGUUGGCAAAUUCGCACGAUGCGCGCUACCGCACAAAUCGAAACAGCGGAGUGUCGUUCCAUGAAAUUUCAACUUGUGGCACAUCGACUAUAUGAAAUCCUUGCGAUUUGAGGAAAUUUUGACUGAUUUGAUGAGCCAAAAAAAAGGCGAAAUCUUCAAGGAUUUUUUUCAAAAGGGCUCCUGCUCCUUUUCGUAGCUUUUACAUUUAUAUGGCUCUUUUUUUUGACACUUGAUUUUUUCAAACUGAUUGGCCAAUAUCAAUUUCUAAUUUCCAAAUUAUUUUUACAAAAUUUCAACCUUCUUUCUCUUUUCAAUAGAACGGACUUCACCUCCUACGACGUCUAUUUUUAAGACUCUAUUUUCAACUUCUCGGAAUCAAUUGAACACGCCAUGUGUUGAAAUAGUUGCGGAAUCAAAAAAAUAAUAAACAAAAAAAUGUUUUUUUGUUAAAAUUUUUCCCAAUAAAUUUUUCUCCAACUUUAAGUCACGCUUCCGUUGAACUAGAAGGAGAAGAAUCUGAAUUCGGCUUCACCGAACCUUACAUUUUCUAUCGACACAAUUGUACAAAGGUCGGUGGAAUCUAUUAUUUAAAAAAAUAAAUUAUAAUUACUCGAUCAGGAUGGAUCUGUGACGGAAAAAUCGCUGUUUCCUGGAAAAAGCCUAUAA